AUGACAACUGCAUUCUGCUCCUCUAAUAUUAUAAGUCACCUGCCACAGUCAUCACCGUCAUCAAUGUCGUCGUCAUUAUCACUUAUAACAAGUACAAAUCGGAAUUUAUUUUAUGGCACUGAUCAUUUAAAUGUUGAAAAGAAGAUUUCCCAGGAGAUUCGUGCUAAACUUCAAAGAACAUGCGAACAACGUGCUUCCGUGAAUGCUAAAGGUAAAGAGGACAAAAAUAUUCGAAAAAAACGAGAGAUCGAUCAGAAUUGUAGAAAUGGAAUAUGCUGUUUAAAAAGUUUAUAUUUUGACUUUGGUCAACAAGGAAUGGAUUAUAUAAUCAAACCAGCGGGAUUUAACAUAAAUUUCUGCGAAGGUGAGUGCAAUAACAUGCAGAUUUUAAAAAAUGACCGUGAUAUGCUAAUUUUACAAGAUGGAAUAAACCACCCAGAAAGUCCGUUUCAACGAAGACUUUCUUGCUGCGUUCCCACUAAGUGGUCAUCUUUGGAGAUUGUCGAAAAUAGAAAUGGCACCGAAAUCAAGCGCAAAUUGAAAGAUGUCAAAGCGUUAGAAUGCGGCUGCAUAAUUUAA